UCUUUUUUUCUUUGUGCUGAGAUUUGGAACUCGUCCAGAUGCGUGAGACUUGUCCUUACCAUCUCGAUUACUAUGGAUGGUUAGACGUAGAAGGUUGUCUUGUAUCUUGACAAAACAUGGCACUAAAAAAUACAGCUUAUGAGAGUAGAGUAGACGACCAGUCGUGUUACGUACGCGAAUGGAAGAGGAUGGAUCAGUGCGGCGAAGACUGUAUGCAGAGUGCAGUGAUGUAACCUGGGCGUCUUGGCUAUUAUCUUGUUUCAAGAACUGCUGACCAACUGGAAUCUACACAUCAUUAACUUUUAUAAUGCCCCAACACCAUCAGCCAGUGACUUUGCUUUCACUAUGUCAUACUCAAGUUGCAACAAACUUGGUUUCAACUUGCCGUUUACUCCAGCUUAUAGCCCAGGACUCAUCAGCUGCACAUGCCUUGACACUAGCUCGCCGCAGGUUCCGUCCAAAUUUGCUCUUGUCUCUGCCAGGUCUGAUACGAUCACAACUAAUUGAGGAAGUGUCAAAAUUACUGUCAGCACCAGCACCAGAUGGUAGUGCUGGAGGAGCAGGCCCUGCACCACUCUACCUCCUUGCACUAUUACUUGCACCAGAUGUGCAUCGACUAAGAGUAGAAUUAUGUUGUUACUAUGGAUGCAGCCAUCAGGCAGCUCUGUUACGCCUCUUGGCAUCAGAAGGCCGUGGAUUAGAAACCUUGGAACUUGCUCGUUCAGCCUUGCUACGCUUGGAUCGCAGUCUGCUACACGAUGCUUUGGUAUCAGCCACCUCACUCCGACACCUCAUUCUUCACAACAUAGCUGGUGAUGCAGUUCUGCAAGUUAUUGGAACAGCAUGCCCAAAUCUUGUUGUCCUUGAUGUAUCUCAUUCAAGACAAGUGACAGAUGCUGGACUUCGACAUCUCUUCUUUCAAGUAGAACUUCAUGAUAAAGCAUCAUCUUCCACAGCAGGGAAAUGUGAGAUAUCUGACUUAGAACAAUGUGUAAAUUCAAAUGGAGGAUGUAGUGGCAGAGGGUGGGGAAGGCUAAGAAUUCUGCUUCGACUUUUCCCACGACUGAGGUUAAAUCGUGAGGGAGAAAACAAGAUGAGGGAUCGAUCAUUUCUUCUCGAGUACUGUGAACGUCGUAACCCUCUCUGCGAUACUCUUAGAAUCCUUAAUGUUGCCAAUACAGGUGUCACCACUGCAGGGGUUCUGUUAGCUCUACAUCAUGUUCCCCAUAUACAGUCUCUUGGUGACUAUGGUCACAUGGGAAGGGCACUUGAAAUACUAGAUCGAGCAUGGACUGCAUCAACAGGAGACAGUGAUCCUCCAUCACCUCCUAGCUUUAGCCUCAUUUCUGCACGAUGCCAACGAACAACAAUGAGACGACUUGAACUACUUUCUCUUGCUUGCCCUGCAUUACAGAAGCUUACCAUUUAUGAACCACAUCACCCACCCUCAGCACUGCAUGUAUUCCCCCCCACCCUCACUACCCUUCACCUCCUCAGUAUUCCAUCUGAUGCAAACUGGAUUGCUGGACUUUAUGCCUUCUUGGCAAGUCCUCAAGGUGCAAACUUACAUGAUCUUGCAUUACGUUUUUCUCUUGGUGAACAGUAUAUGUCACUGGACCUUAGCCAAAUCUUAAAAUCAUGCCCAAAUCUCCAAAAAUUAGCAGAAGAUGGCGCAGAUGUCGAAUGGAGGAGGGAAUUUCAGGAUGACACAAUGAAUAUCAUUCCACCAUUAUUAAACCUGCGGAGCAUUCAACUGGGGCGUGUGGUGACUGCAAGAGCAUUGAUUGAAUUGCUUAAGCGGGCACCUGCUCUUGAAAUAGCACACUUUUACAGAUGCCCUGACCUAACUGAUGAUCACUUAAUUAGUCUUACUGCCAAACCAUCUAAUACUAGUCACUAUUACAGGGGUGGGGAGAUCCAAAGUUCAGCUGUAUAUCCCUACCUAUCCCAGCACCUGGAGUGUUUCUAUGUCUACGAGGCUUCCCACAUAACUGCGCCAACAGUAGUUACAUUACUUGCUUGUUGUGAGAACCUUUUACGGACUGGUAACCUAAGUAACUGGGGUCUCGACUGUGAAGGAAUACGGUGGAUACAUAGCACAAUACUAGACAACAAUCUCAAUUUAGAAAUCAACCCUGGAUCACACUGGUUCUGUUCUCAGUGUUUUCCUAUCUCAUGACACAAAGUGUUCACUCCCAUGUUCUGUGCAUGGAAAUAGAUACAUCACUUUAUUGUGGUUGUUCUUCAAGCAUGUUAUAAAUGUAAUAUUUGUAAUGCCUGUUUUAUGUUAAUUGUGCCAUUGAAUAUGUUAACUGGAUAAACAUUAUACAGCUGUAAUUUCUUUGCAUUGCCAUAUCAUUUUAGAUUAUCAAUUCUAGUACCUGUAAGAUCCAUAUGUUUGUUGUGUGAAAUAUACUCUAACAAAAUUUUUAAAAUAAAACCUGUCAGACCUGCCAUCUUCUUUAAA